AAGAGGUAUAUGGGAUUCCUUGUGCUUUCCACGCAAUUGCUGUGAAUCUAAAACUGCUCUAAAAAUAGUCUAUAAAAAAGUGGGUCUUUGGCUAGAGUUACAGAAAAAAGAAAAAAAAGUGGGGUCAGGACCAGGCAUGGUGGCUCAAGCUUAUAAUCCCAGCACUUUGGGAGGCUGAAAGCAGGAGGACUGCUUGAGGCCAGGAGUUUGAGACCAGCCUGGGCAACAUAGGGAGACUCCCCCUCUCAAAAAAAUGUUUUUGUUGUUUUGUUUUGUUUUUUAGCUAGGUGUGGUGAUGCAGGCCUGUAGUCCCAGCUACUUGAGCUGCUGAGGCAGGAGAAUCACUUGAGUCUGGGGGAUUGAGGCUGCUGUGCGCUAUGAUAGUGCCACUGCACUCUAGACUUGGCAGGGACAGAGCGAGACUGUGUUUUAGAGCCUUUGUACUUGCUGUUGCUAAUGCCAGCAUGUUCCGCUCCCUGUCUCGCAUAUCUACUUGGUUGCUUUUUUCUCAAUGUUCAGAUCGAGUUAUUUCCUUCUAGAAGACUUCCUGGUUCACCAUACCAGCAUUCUUAUACUGGCGCGUGCGUGCCGUGCACACGUACACACGCGCGCGCACACACACACACCCCUUUCUCCCUUACCCUGCUUCACCUUUUUACAGGAUUUAAUACUGUCUGAAAUGUACUUGUUUGUGGUGUCCUGCCACUAAAUCCCGGAGGGAAGGGAUUUUUGUCUGUUUUGCUCCCCAUCAUCUAAAACAGUACUUGGCACAAGAGGUUCAACAACUCGUUGAAUUAAUGAACUUGACAAAACAGGUUCCCUGCCUCAAGAGGCAUGGCCGCAGUGAGGAGACGUUAAAAGAAUUAAAAUAAAAUUGUAUAUGUUUAGUGGGAACACAGAAGCCUUUAAAUUAGCUCAGAGGAUUUACAUAGAUACAUGCGAUAAAAUGGUUCCUAUAAGGUUCAUAGAAGAGUUAUGUAAGACUCUUGCAAACUAUAACGUGUUAUGCAAUUUUAAGAUUGUAUCAUAGCUGGCGAAAAUGAGGUCACAUCUUGCCAUUCUUUUUUCGCCUCUUAAAAUUUUAUGAGGAAAAUUUCCUUUCACUUCCUCAUUUAUUUCCUUUUCCUGUAACCUGAAUGGUCAAGCGGCUGUGAAUGUUAUCUUCCAUGGGAAGCAAGAAAUACGGUUUGGUCUCGGAGUCUGCGUAGUGAAUGGCUCACUGGAUGUGGCGCAUGCGCAUCUUUUGUGGUGCUGCAAGAUGGCUGCCAGCCAUUUUGUCGCGCGUUGCUGCCCCGAGGAGUUGGGGGCGAUGGCUGCAGCCGCCAAAGACUAACAGUGGUCUCAGUGGUGGGAAUUUUCUGUCUCUGUUGUGUGAGCUGAACACACCCAAGAGAGCGACCAAAAGCAGCAAAGGGCGGGGCGGUGGAACCCCCCCGCCCGGCUAACCUUAGACCAGCUCCUUCACCCAUCCCUCAUAGUUUUUCCUUCCAUCACGCUACACGCUGAUCUUCUGCGCAGGCGCAAAAAUAAUCGUAGCGCCUCCUGGGCCCUGGGGGCUUCAGAGCUCCUGCGCGCGCUUGUGGUUCUCCACUCCUGAUUGGUUAGGUUGCCCCGCCAUCACGCCUCCCUCUGCUUUCAAGGUUGAGAAGGAAGCAGGGGUGGGGCCAAGUGGCGCGUGCGCGAUACUGUUGCUGCCCCUUUGCUGCUAUUGCGUUGCAAAAAAAAAUUCUGACUAGGUAGUCUUGGACCUUUUCUGUGCUAGCGAGACUAAAGGAAAGAAAGAUUUCUGGAACUGAAGGGGCAGUCGGGUAGUAUUACAUUUAAGAUAUUAACGCCCGACCUGGCUCACAGGAGUGUGGGAACAGGGGCGGGGAAGGGCCUUAGCAUUGAGAGCCGAAAAGUAUAAAACGAUUAGUUUCGGCGUCAGGCGUUUUGAAAGGCUUUGCAGGUCCUGUUUUCUGCGUAAUUUUUCCGUGAUUACUGACUGGUUUAAACACGACCCCUUGAACAAUAUUGAUAAAACCUCCGAGACCCGCAGCCCCUCCUUGCAGCGUGUAGGAGCUGCCAGCGUGCCCAGCAGCUGGUGUUCCCGUCCGUACCUCCAGAAGAGCCCAGCGCGUGCACCAUCCCCACCCCCCCAGCCUCCCUCCCCACCUACGGCUUUCACGCACUCGCAGUGAUUGUUUUGCCCGCUCCCGCCGCCGCCGCCGCCGCCGCCGCCGCCGCCAGAGGAGCAGCAGCGCUUGUGCAAACCUCGGGAAGAUGGCGGCCGGCGGCGGCGGAGGCAGCAGUAAGGCCUCCUCCUCGUCGGCCUCUUCGGCAGGGGCUCUGGAGUCCUCGUUGGAUCGAAAAUUCCAGUCGGUGACCAACACCAUGGAGUCCAUUCAAGGCUUGUCGUCUUGGUGUAUAGAGAACAAAAAACACCACAGUACUAUCGUCUACCAUUGGAUGAAGUGGCUCCGGAGAUCUGCAUAUCCCCACCGUUUGAAUCUCUUUUACCUUGCCAAUGAUGUCAUACAGAACUGUAAAAGGAAAAAUGCAAUCAUAUUCCGUGAAUCAUUUGCUGAUGUACUUCCUGAAGCAGCUGCUCUAGUGAAGGAUCCAUCUGUCUCUAAGUCUGUAGAACGAAUCUUUAAAAUCUGGGAAGAUAGAAAUGUAUACCCAGAAGAAAUGAUUGUGGCAUUGAGAGAAGCUUUGAGUACCACUUUCAAAACUCAGAAGCAGCUGAAAGAAAAUCUGAACAAACAACCGAAUAAGCAGUGGAAGAAAUCACAAACAGCAUCUACAAAUCCAAAAGCUGCUCUCAAGUCUAAGAUAGUUGCUGAAUUUCGAUCUCAGGCCCUAAUUGAAGAGCUGUUGCUAUACAAGCGCUCAGAAGAUCAGAUAGAACUGAAGGAAAAGCAAUUGUCAACUAUGAGGGUGGAUGUGUGCAGCACAGAAACUCUCAAAUGCUUAAAAGAUAAAACAGGUGGGAAGAAGUUCUCCAAAGAAUUUGAAGAGGCAAGCUCUAAGCUGGAAGAAUUUGUGAAUGGAUUAGAUAAGCAGGUGAAAAAUGGACCCUCAUUAACAGAAGCACUGGAAAAUGCUGGAAUUUUCUAUGAAGCACAAUACAAAGAAGUAAAAGUGGUGGCCAAUGCAUAUAAAACCUUUGCUAACCGAGUAAACAAUUUAAAGAAGAAGUUGGAUCAAUUGAAGUCAACCCUUCCAGAUCCUGAAGAAUCACCAGUUCCUUCCCCAAGCAUGGAUGCUCCCUCCCCGACUGGUUCUGAGUCUCCUUUUCAGGGAAUGGGAGGUGAGGAAUCCCAGUCACCAACCAUGGAGAGUGAGAAAUCUGCCACACCUGAACCUGUGACAGAUAAUCGUGAUGUGGAAGACAUGGAACUCUCAGAUGUGGAAGAUGAUGGGUCAAAAAUCAUUGUCGAGGACAGGAAGGAAAAACCUGCAGAGAAGUCAGCUGUAUCCACUUCUGUACCUACAAAGCCAACAGAAAAUAUCUCAAAGGCCUCUUCGUGUACCCCAGUGCCUGUGACCAUGACAGCAACUCCACCUCUUCCAAAGCCUGUGAAUACUUCUCUUUCCCCUUCCCCAGCAUUGGCUUUGCCAAACCUGGCUAAUGUGGAUCUGGCAAAGAUCAGUUCCAUCCUUAGCAGUUUAACGUCAGUCAUGAAAAAUACUGGGGUCAGUCCUGCGUCAAGACCUUCUCCAGGAACUCCCACCAGCCCCAGCAACCUCACCAGUGGCCUGAAAACACCUGCACCUGCCACGACAUCUCACAACCCUCUGGCAAAUAUCCUCUCCAAGGUGGAGAUCACCCCAGAGAGCAUUCUGUCUGCACUUUCCAAAACCCAGACACAGUCAGCCCCUGCACUGCAAGGCCUGUCAUCUUUACUUCAGAGUGUUACUGGGAACCCAGUUCCAGCCAGUGAAGCUGCCUCACAGAGCACUUCAGCCUCCCCUGCCAACACCACAGUCUCUACCAUAAAGGGAAGAAAUCUGCCCUCCAGUGCCCAACCUUUUAUUCCCAAAAGCUUCAGCUAUUCUCCUAACUCAUCAACUUCUGAAGUCUCUUCAACUUCAGCCAGCAAGGCCUCAAUUGGGCAAAGCCCAGGGCUCCCAAGCACUACUUUUAAACUACCUUCCAACUCUUUGGGAUUUACAGCUACCCACAAUACUAGCCCUGCUGCCCCACCUACUGAAGUUACCAUGUGCCAAUCUUCAGAGGUCUCCAAGCCAAAGCUGGAGUCAGAGUCCACCUCCCCAAGCCUGGAAAUGAAGAUCCACAACUUCUUAAAAGGUAAUCCUGGUUUCAGUGGCUUAAACUUAAACAUCCCAAUCCUGAGCAGUUUGGGGUCCAGCGCCCCAUCAGAGAGCCAUCCCUCAGACUUCCAGCGUGGCCCUACUAGCACCUCAAUCGACAACAUUGAUGGAACCCCUGUACGGGAUGAACGGAGUGGGACACCCACCCAGGAUGAGAUGAUGGACAAGCCAACAUCCAGCAGUGUAGAUACUAUGUCCCUGCUUUCUAAGAUCAUUAGCCCUGGUUCCUCAACACCCAGCAGUACAAGAUCACCACCCCCGGGGAGAGAUGAAAGCUACCCCCGGGAGCUCUCCAAUUCUGUAUCUACAUAUCGACCCUUUGGUCUGGGCAGUGAAUCUCCCUAUAAGCAGCCUUCUGAUGGAAUGGAGAGACCAUCUUCUCUGAUGGACUCUUCACAGGAAAAGUUCUACCCAGAUACUUCUUUCCAAGAAGAUGAAGAUUACCGAGAUUUUGAGUAUUCAGGGCCUCCACCCUCUGCCAUGAUGAACCUAGAGAAGAAACCAGCCAAAUCUAUCCUGAAAUCAAGCAAGCUGUCUGAUACCACUGAGUACCAGCCAAUUCUGUCCAGUUAUAGCCACAGAGCCCAAGAAUUUGCGGUAAAGUCUGCCUUCCCUCCAUCUGUAAGGGCCCUCCUGGACUCCAGUGAGAACUGUGACCGUCUCUCAUCUUCCCCUGGGCUAUUUGGCGCCUUCAGCGUAAGAGGGAAUGAACCUGGGUCUGACCGGUCACCAUCACCGAGUAAGAAUGAUUCAUUUUUCACCCCUGACUCCAACCACAAUAGCUUGUCUCAAUCUACCACUGGGCAUCUCAGUUUGCCACAGAAGCAGUACCCAGACUCUCCUCACCCAGUCCCACAUCGUUCCCUUUUCUCUCCGCAGAACACCCUUGCCGCUCCCACGGGUCAUCCACCCACAUCAGGCGUGGAGAAAGUCCUGGCCUCCACCAUUUCCACCACGUCGACGAUUGAAUUUAAGAAUAUGCUUAAAAACGCCUCACGUAAGCCCUCAGAUGAUAAGCAUUUUGGCCAGGCCCCCAGCAAGGGCACUCCAAGUGAUGGUGUCAGUCUCUCAAACCUCACCCAACCCAGCUUGACCGCCACUGAUCAGCAGCAACAAGAAGAGCACUACCGCAUAGAAACCCGCGUCUCCUCCUCCUGCUUAGACUUGCCUGAUAGCACAGAAGAAAAGGGGGCCCCUAUAGAAACCUUGGGUUAUCACAAUGCAUCCAAUAGGAGGAUGUCAGGGGAGCCGAUCCAGACCGUAGAGUCCAUCCGAGUUCCUGGGAAGGGAAAUAGAGGACAUGGGCGUGAGGCUUCAAGGGUGGGUUGGUUUGAUCUGAGCACAUCAGGUAGCUCUUUUGACAAUGGCCCUUCAAGUGCCUCUGAGUUGGCAUCCCUUGGGGGUGGGGGCAGCGGAGGCCUCACUGGCUUUAAAACAGCACCAUACAAGGAACGGGCACCUCAAUUUCAGGAGAGUGUCGGCAGCUUUCGUUCCAACAGUUUCAACUCAACAUUUGAGCAUCAUCUUCCCCCAUCCCCCUUGGAACAUGGGACACCCUUCCAGAGAGAGCCAGUGGGUCCAUCAUCUGCCCCACCUGUCCCUCCUAAGGAUCAUGGUGGUAUCUUCUCUCGAGAUGCACCCACUCAUCUACCCUCUGUGGAUCUUUCGAACCCCUUCACAAAGGAGGCAGCCCUGGCCCAUGCUGCCCCACCCCCUCCUCCUGGAGAGCACAGUGGAAUUCCUUUCCCUACCCCACCUCCUCCUCCCCCUCCUGGGGAACAUAGCAGCAGUGGUGGGGGUGGUGUCCCCUUUUCUGCUCCACCCCCUCCUCCACCCCCUGUUGACCACUCUGGAGUUGUACCCUUCCCAACCCCACCACUGGCAGAGCACGGAGUGGCAGGGGCUGUGGCAGUAUUUCCCAAGGACCAUAGUUCCCUCCUUCAAGGGACCCUGGCUGAGCAUUUUGGGUUACUCCCAGGACCCAGGGACCACGGGGGCCCCACCCAACGGGACCUCAACGGCCCUGGCCUUAGCCGUGUACGAGAGAGCCUGACCCUACCCUCCCAUUCUCUGGAACACCUGGGCCCACCCCAUGGAGGAGGAGGUGGGGGAGGCAGCAACAGCAGCAGUGGCCCCCCCUUGGGUCCCUCACACAGAGACACCAUCAGCCGGAGUGGUAUGAUCUUACGGAGUCCCCGGCCAGACUUUCGGCCUAGGGAACCUUUUCUCAGCAGAGACCCGUUUCACAGUUUAAAGAGACCCAGGCCACCUUUUGCUAGGGGCCCUCCGUUCUUUGCACCAAAACGCCCAUUCUUCCCUCCCAGGUACUGAUGGAAACCAAGGGAAAGGCAUUUUGAACAGUCUAGAGAACAUUGGAAGUAGGAGUUUGGUUUAUUGUUGUUUUUAUUUGUUUUCUCUUUCUCGAUUUUUUUUUUUAUUAUAACAAAGGGCCUCUCUUCCAAAGUAAGAAAUCACAUAUGCUUACGUUUUACUAUUCAAUUCAAUCCUCCCUCCCAUUGCACUUAUCUACCUUCCCCAAGUUGUUUGUAUUUAAAAAAAAAAAAAAAAAAAAAACCACAACCAAA